AUUAGACUUUAUUAUUAUUAUUAUUACUAUUAUUAUCAUGUGUGAGGAUGCAUAUAAACUCUGCUUUCUCCUCAGAACAGGACACAUAUAAAAGCUUAAAGGAGAGACUAGAGCAUCAUCGUGUCAAGGUGUUGAUUGCCACAUGUGUCAUUAUUGUGACCGUUCUCAUCCUUAGCAUUGGACUUGGAGUGGGACUGAGCUGUGCACAAAGAUUUCGUUGUGGCUCUUCCUCUCAGUGCAUCAGAUACUCAGCUCAGUGUGAUGGAAAGGUGCACUGUGACAAUGGAGAGGAUGAGAUUGGCUGUGUGCGUUUGAGUGGGCGAAGCUCGGUACUUCAGGUCCAGAAAGAGGGCAUAUGGAGAACAGUGUGCUCCGAGGACUGGAACAACUUGCUUGGUGUCUCUGCAUGCCAACAACUUGGAUACUCACGGUAUGUGGAGUCGUUCUUCAUUUCUCUCACUACUAUUGAGCAGGAACUACAACAAAACUUAGUGUCCUUCAGCUCAAACCACUCCCUUAUUACCAAACUCCAAAACACCACAGUGUUCAGUAAGACUCAGUGCAGCUCAGGAGCAGUGACCACUCUUAAAUGCCUGGAGUGUGGAUCUCGACCCCAAUACAGUGCCCGUAUUGUUGGAGGAAACAUUUCCAAAGUGGGUCAGUUCCCAUGGCAGGUCAGCCUUCACCACCGAAGUGAACACCUGUGUGGAGGUUCUAUUAUAACAUCCCGCUGGAUUGUCACUGCUGCACACUGUGUGUAUGGGUUUGCUGACCCUUCCAUGUGGGUGGUGCAUGUUGGAUUGACAGAUCAACCAGACAAUGGAGCCCAGUCUCUGACUGUGGAGCGGAUUGUAUAUCAUGCUAACUACAGGCCAAAAAAGCUGGAAUACGAUAUUGCACUGAUGAAAUUAACCCUGCCGCUAAUUUUCAAUGGGUUUGUCGAGCCCAUCUGCUUGCCUAAUUAUGGUGAGAAUUUUGAGGCCGGAACCUUGUGCUGGAUCUCGGGGUGGGGAGCAACAGAGGCCGACGGUGAGUUUUCCCUAAGUAAGCAUGCAGCUAUGGUCCCGCUUCUCUCCACUAAGACAUGUAACCAGCGUGAAGUUUAUGGGGGUCUCAUUUCCUCCUGGAUGCUAUGUGCAGGAUAUCUGGAAGGAGGAGUUGACUCCUGUCAGGGGGACAGCGGUGGUCCUCUGGCUUGUCAGGACUCAUCUGGAUGGAAAUUAGUUGGAGCAACUAGCUGGGGGAUUGGCUGUGCUAUGAGAAAUAAGCCAGGUGUUUACACUAGCAUCCCACAAUCACUAGGUUGGAUCCACCAGCAAAUGGAGGUCAGUCAAAUUUCAAAUGUUUCGGCAGCUAUCCCUUUAGGAAGGAAAACGAACUCCUUGUCAUUGUGACACACAUCACUACACACAACGAAAUCUGACCUGUGCAUUUAACCCAUCA